GGAAGAGACCUUUGUAGGUAUUUUGGACUCUCAGAAAAGGUACAAGAAAAGAAAAAGAAAGGAAGAAGUUAGUGGAAGAAAUAGACUCACAGAAGGUAAGGAAGAGAGCUCUACUGACCAAUCUAAAAAGCUUAAAAAAAUGGAGAGGGAGAAGCAGUUGGCAACAAAAAAGAAGGAUGAAAAGCAGACAAAGGCCACUGCAACAAAAAUGGCUUUAGAACAGGCAAAUGACAGCUUUUCUCUAAAUUCUGGUAAAAAUAACAUCAAAAGAAUCACAAUACAGUCCAGAAAAAAGAGGGUGGGAACUUCAGAUUCUUCUAGCACGUCGUCUGACAGUGACAGCAGUGAAUUGAACAAAAAGCAAAGUAAAUCUUCCCAUAAACCUGUAGUGGCAACACUUCCCAAAGACAAAUCCCAAGCUGCUGCAAAUUCCGCUGUGAAAAGUGUUAUUUCUAAUAAAGUGGCUGUAAAGUCUAACACUGAAAAUUCCACUAAGACUGCAAUUAGUAAAAAUGCUAAAAAAUCCCAGUCCUCUAGUUCAGAUUCUGACUCGAGUACAGAGGAUGAGGAAGUGGCAACAGCACAAGACAGUACUGCAAAGGAAAAGUCACUGCCUAACAAUGCGGCAGCUGGAAAAACCAGUACCACCAAGGCUCCCAAAGCAAAGACCUCUUCAGAGUCUGAUAGUUCAGAUUCAGAAACAGUUAUUAAAAAACCUGCAGCAAGUGGACUGAGUAAUUCCAUAGUAAGAAACUGUACUAAACAGUUGCCAACCGGUGUUGAAGGACCACUUGCCAGCCUGGGUCGUGGAAGGGGGCGUGGAACAGGAGAGGAUAACUUCUGGAGAGGACCUAGGGGCCGUGGGUUUCGUGGGAUGAUGAGGGGCCAAGGCCGUGGGAGAGGAGCAAACCCUGGCUUCUUCUAUAACUACAGCAGUGAAGGCCAGAAACAGAGGCAGUUAAAUGAAGCUGCGACAAACACUUCUGUUCUUGUCCAGAAUCCCGUGGAGGUCCCCAAGAGAGACUAUAGUGUGUUACCUCUUCUAGCUGCUCCACCACAAGUGGGAGAAAGAAUUGCCUUUAAGCGCUUGGAACUAACUGAAAAUUACAGUCCUGAAGUUUCAGACUAUAAG